UCGUAAUGAACUUUGAAGCACAACUUCAUCACGCCCAUAUACAGGCACUCAACUGUAAACGAGUAUAUAGCUGCUGAGGCAUUCGCAGUGACCACUUCCUGGGAUAAAUAAGAGGAGAAGAAGCAUUCUGACGCACAGAGAGAUGGCCUUCUUAUCUGCUGAAAAAGUUGCCGUAACAGGGACCUCUGGUCUGGGCUCUUCGGCGGGUAACAGCUCAUUCUUCCUUGACUCUGAGUUUCGUUACAUCCUGUUCCCAGUUGCAUAUGGCAUCAUCUUCAUCCUGGGCCUCAUUGCCAACCUCUACGUGCUGUUUGUCCUGCGAUGCCUUCGCCAAGCCAAGGCCAUGGGUGAAAUCCGCAUCUACAUGACAAACCUGACCAUUGCUGAUCUCCUUUUCGUCUGUGCACUUCCCUUUUGGAUUGGAUAUUACAGUCGGUCUGGUCACUGGAUUUACACAGACUUCAUGUGCCGGCUGACUGGCUCGUUGUUCUUCAUCAACACCUACUGCUCCAUCCUCUUCCUCGGGGCCAUCAGUGUCAACCGAUACUGGGCAGUGACCCGGCCUCUAGAUGCGGCCUCUUCUGACCACAGACGACGUGGGAUCAUCGUGUGCGUUGUCAUCUGGGCAUUGACCAUUGCCAUGGCUAUUCCUUUCCUGGCUUCUCCAGGGACCCAAACGGAUGAGAAUAACGUCACUCGCUGUUUCGAGGGGUACCAGAAUGAAACAGAUUUUCAGAAGAGAACAGUUGCAGUCAUUCAUUUUGCAAUAAUUGGAAUGUUUUUUGUUGUCUUUUUUCUGAUCGUGGUGUGUAAUUUUCUUAUUGCUCGAGCGCUACUUUCUCAAGGUCCUCCUCAGUCAGAGUUGCGAUCAACGAUCAUAUCGAAAAAGUCCACCAUGACCAUGUCUGCCUCAACUAAAAGGCCCAGAGGGGUGAAACGGAGAGCUCUGCAGAUGUUGUUAGCAGUUGUGGGAGUGUUUGUUUUCAGCUUCCUGCCCCAUCAUGUAGUUCAAGGAUUCUGGACACUUGCAGUCUUGCAGAUCUCUAAGGGCUGGGGACACGUAGAGUGGAACCAGAAAACUCUUCAGGUGCUCAAUGACGCCCAUCAGAUCACUUUGCUUCUUAUGGGCCUCAACUGCAUUUUGGAUCCUGUAGUCUAUUAUUUUGCUACAAGAAGGUUUAGAGGGUUCAUCAUGGCCCAUAUGAAGAAGAUGAUAAAGGGAGAGGGCUGCUCUCAGACGACCACCUCACUGAUCUCCAUGGACAGCAAACAUCAGGACCAGAGACUUAAUAGCGAGCAGCAACAGCCCGAAAUGGAUUGAUUAAAACGUGUUAUGUAUUUUUACGAAGAUGUAGAUAUCUCCUACUUGUUUUAAAUACUUUCAGGAACCCCAAUUAUUCAUGAUUUCAAAACAUACAGUGUUUUUUUGCAUCUCUGGAUCAAUAAGCAAUUUUACGUUGUAUGUAAUUCAGUGUUGGUGGUUUGGUUGCACACCCUUAAGUAUUGAAUGUUUUCUCACAAACAUUAUCUUGACGUUUUAUUCACACAGGCUGUGGUCUGAAUUUCACAAGUUCUACCGCUCUUCCUGUGUAGAAUAAAACUGCGAAAGCAGAAGUUUUGCAAGCAGAAGUACAGUGGGGCUAAAAAAUAAUUUGUCAGCCACCAAUUGUGCAAGUUCUCCCACUUAAAAAGAUGAGAGAGGCCUGUAAUUUUCAUCCUAGGUACAC